AUGGAUAGCAAAAUUCAUACCUGCCACGUUGAGGAAUUCAUCGAUUCUUACCUGCCCAACGGCCACACAGAUACCGUCGACACCGUGCUGGAUACGCUCAAGAAACAAAGGGUUCUUGUCGCUCGGGGACGGUCUGUGGCUCGGAGAGCGUCCUCGUCAGCUCGGAAACCUCCCUACACCCACGUCUUCAAGGGUUUAAAGACCCUUUUUCGAUCUAGUUCCGCGAAACCCGAGCGCAUUAUUGAAUCAUUUCAAACGAUUGGCAACGCUGUCCGCAAAGGUCUAGGAAAGAUCACAGGGGCCACCGUCAAUGGGUUCGAGGUCCAAGCGAUGGGCUCGACCGGUGACGCCUGCAUUACGCCUAACCGCGAUGGGGAAAUCUCUCCCCCCGACGUCGUUGUCCCUGUCAGAGUCACUGGCCGCAGAACUGACCGGGCGGAAGAAGACGAGAACAAGGACCUCAGAUACAUCUCUCAUGUUAAUCGUAUCAUGAACGAAGACGCUCGACGGAAAUUUGCGUAUGGGAUAACCUUUGAACACGACUGCUUCUCUAUCUGGUUUAUGCAUCGCUCUCGCGUUGCUAAAUCUUUGCCACUGAAAAUAAACCAGCACCCUGAUACGCUCGUCAGGCUACUGGUUGCUCUAUUCCUUGCGAGGGAAGAGCAACUUGGGUACGACCCCCUCGUGACGCGGCUUCCCGAUGGAAGCUACGUGUACGAGGUCCCACCGGAAGGAGAGAGGCAGUCAUCCGUGUACUACAGGACCAUCGCUCUCCUGUCCGAGUAUCGCUCCCCCGAGCUCACAGGUCGACGUGCGCGCAUCUGGAGGGUCAAGCAGGUUGUUUCCUCCACAGACCCCAGGAGAGUGCCAGGUACCUCUGACCGGGUGCUCAAAGACGUGUCGGUCCCCGAGGAGACCACGACAGAGGUUGAGAUUCAGAGGCAGCUAUUUCACGACAUCCGUGCGCUGUCUCAGGACCCCAAUUGGCGGAACCGCGAUAUUCUCAGCGCAUUCGACCCGGCUACCAUCGACUCUAUCGCUGAGGCGCUGCAGAACGACCGCUUCACCGAAUAUUUCUCCUGUAUCGUGGAUUGUUAUGUCGAAUCCCUUCCACUCGCACCGCCGUCGUCCCCUCCUCGGAAGCGUCGAUGUUUCUUCGUCUACGAGCAUGUUUGCACGACCCUGUACGACAUCCCAACCCUUGGCGAGGCUACCGACAUUAUCAGGCAGUCUCUCACCGCUUUGCGAUUAAUGUUCUGUGCAGGAUGGGUCCAUCGUGACGUCAGCCCUGGCAAUAUCCUCGCUGUCCGUUCUACGCCAGAGUCUCCGUGGCAGGUCAAAAUGACCGACUUCGAAUUUGCAAUGAAAUUUACGCAUUCAGGAAAUGCUUCUGCAAGCCAGGUCAUUGGAACGCCUCCAUUUAUGGCUUGCGAAAUACGAACAUCUACAUAUAUCCUCCGCGAACUCUGCGACGACAGAGUCGAUAUGGAUAGCGUACUCCCAGACCAACCUCAACCUCAAGGCCCAGUCGUCUUCAACUACCAACAUGACCUGGAAUCUCUGUGGUGGAUCUUCCUCUGGUUAACGACGGCCAGGUUGAAGCAGACGCGCUCACAGGAAUUCGGUUCGGAGCUCUUUACAUCAGAUAUGGAAAUGUCGACCAGCGCGGUACGCGAGCACCUGUUCAGGAAAUGCAUUAUCGACGACCGGCUGUUGAGGAAAGCCAUUCCUUCAGCUGUCGAGCCCUUUAUAGUGGCCAUUGAAAACCUACGACGCGAUUUGUACAGGGCGUAUGCAGCUCGUAAUCACGACGACAAGGUCUACGACAUCCAGACAUAUUCUUUUAUCACUGGGCCGGCCUUUGAAAGCUUUUUCGACGAUGCAAACCGCUUCCGAGCUCGAUGGGAGUCAAUGGAGUUGAUGGUCGAAACUCUGCCGCAAGGUCCAUAUCCCAGUAGCGAGUUAAGUGCCCCGGCUCACCUUCGACUUCAGCCUACGCCUCCGGAAGAUACCUCGCAGAAGAAACGCAAGUUAGGGGAUGCCGGUGAGGAAGGAUUUGCACCCAAAAGGCGUCGUACUCAACAGGGAGGGGCUCCUGUUGCGCGUCGUCCAAUCACUAGGUCUAUGACCAGAACAACAGGACCAGUGACACGAUCUCAGACCCGACGUCUCGGACGCAAGGAGUAG